AUGGCCACAGCGGCCGUGGCCCAGCCCAUAAGAGAGGUUAGCUCAGCGGUCGCUGCCGAGCAGGAGGAGCGGGCUGUCUAUAUUGAUGACGAGGUGCCUCCGGGGUUGAUCGGAGACAGGGAUGAUGCGUCGCAGAGGUCUCCCAGCUUGGAGUCUGUUCGGGACAAAGCUCCAAAGGAGGUGGCGACUGACGUUGCUGGAGGGACGACGGCCGUUCCCGUGCAGUACGACUACGUCGUUCAGGCAGAGGAAGCGCCCUUGCUGGAUCAACCACAGGUCUCAAGCCCCUGCGAGAAUAAGAAGGCUGCACAGGAACUUCCACCGGGCGCCGUGGGGGCACCCUUCGUGGCCGAUGAGAUCGAAGACGCUUCCCCACCGUCUCCAGGAGACAGCCCUGAAGCGAUCCCUGCACACUCUCCCGCCUCUCCAAGCAAAACGUCAUUCCAUCGGUGGGAAGAGGCAGACGUCUCCUUGCUCGGCGGCAGCAAGCAGGUGGUCCGCGUAUUCUGCGGAGUUUGGAACCUCCACGGGAAGAAGGCCCCGGCGAGCUUACAUCAAUGGGUGCCGACAUCUCCAAGGCAUCACAUCUAUGUCGUUGGCACCUGCGAGUGUGAACGAACAAUAGAGAAGUCGCUUAUAUGGUCCAGCAAGGCGAGAUGGGAGCGCCAAAUGUGCGAACAUCUCGGUGAGGAUUUUCGCAUGAUUGGGUCGCACAAUAUGAGUGCUAUCCACGUCAUGGUUUUCAUUCACCGGUCGCUCUGGAGAUAUUGCUGGGAACCACGGACCUGUCAGGUCGCGACGGGAUUUGCCAACCUCGUGGGAAACAAGGGCGGCACGCAG